AUGGCGGAGGAGGGUUUCCGCCGCCUACCCGACGACGUCUUCGUGCAAAUCUUGGUGCUCCUACCGACGAGCUCGCGGCGGAGGUUCCGCCUGGUCUGCAAGCGGUGGCGCGACAUGAUCAACGAGCGGACGCCGGAGCGGCAGGUCGGCACCAACGUCCUCGCCUUCAUCAGACAACAGAGAAGCUGCUCCCGUGCCCUCGUCUUCGACAAUAAAGACUGGCUCCGCCGGCACGCGUGGAUGUACCCGUGCUCCCACGAACGCAGCAAAAUCGACAUGGUAGGCACGUGCAACGGCUUGCUCUGCCUGCACGAGAUCAUGGCGUCCAGCAAUGGUGGUAGCUUCUUCUCCGCCAUCACCGUGACCAACCCGAUCACCGGCGAGACGCUGGCGCUCCCACCGGCGCCGAGGUCGUGGGAGUGGGAGCAGGUGAGAUCGCCGGGGAAGUACAGCUUCGGGUACCACCCGACGACGGGGCGCUACAAGGUCGUGCACAUCCCGUGCGGGCGGCGCCAGGCGGUCGACGCGCUACAGGUCUUCACCCUGGGCGACACGGCGUGGCGUGAGGUACCGGUGGACACCUGGCCGGGCGCGACCUACAACCGCCUGUACGAGCCCAUCUCCGUCGACGGGCGGACGUACUGGCUCGACGCGUUCUCCCACCGCGUGAUGGAGCUGGACCUCGAGGACGAGCGCGUCACGUCCUUCGCCGCGCCGCCGGCCGCCUGUCCCGGGCUGAUCCCGGAGGACGCCGGGUGGAAGCUGACGAACGUCCGCGGGAGGCUGGGCGUGGUGGUGGCGACGGCGACGGGAAGGGUGGAGGUGUGGGUGCUGGACGGCGGGGGCGCGCAGCCGCAGUGGAGCCGGAGGUACGACGACAUUGUCGGGGUGGAGCCGGUGGCGCCGAGGACGUCCGGUUACUGGGUUGCGGCGCCGCAGUUGACGCAUGGCGGUUACAUCUUGCGCGCAUUACGGAAUUGGGUGCCCGACCACGUCUGGGGCUUCCGUCGGUGGGGGAGGAGACGGUUGCACCGGCACAAGGUGGGCGACCUGACGGGCGGCGGGCAGCUGCGGGCAGUGAAGGAGCCGGAGCUCGUCAUGCUCAUGAGCGAGGAGGAAAGCAAUGGCGACCUCAAGACUUUUGCCUACGUCGAGACUCUGGAGCCGGUGCCGAGCAUUCACGGAUGA